AUGUUCCCCGGCUAUCGAGUUUCGGGUCCGUUCCGCCGCUGGGCGAGUACGUCGCCUCAAUCGGCCAAGAUUCGCAAAAUAUUGAGGAGACAGGUCCCAGAAGUACCCAAAUUUGUACAAUCUUGUGUCUCCGCGUCGAAAUGUGCUCACUAUAACCUUCCCCAGGCGGUGUCGCUGCUCACUGGCCAGGGCCACUAUAGCCGAAUGCUCGAGAGCGGCGAUUUCGCACACGCUAUAUUAGACGAAACAGAUGUGUUUGUUUUGAAAAAUGGUGUCGUUGUGGCCUGGAAUAUGGAGGAAGAUACAGUUGUUAAAAAGCUGCUGCCUUUACUGAGGCUUGCCGAGUUGGGAUCAUUUCAAGAUGUCGAAACAGAAGAUAUGGACUAUGUGGAGGAAGAAACACCUCAAGAUGUACGGUCUGGUAUGAUUGGUGAUGUUAUUUAUAUUCAUGGAUUCACGGCAGAACAACGGCUGCUUGACAAGGUUGCUUUUUCGUCCGGACUCGCCCGUCACACCAAGUUAAGUGCUCUGGAAAUGUCCAGCGAGAAACUAAUCAAAAACGUCGAAGUCAUCUCCAAAUCGAUGGCUGAAGGAACCGAAACAGGCCUGGAUAUGAAGGCGGUGGAGCGUUUGACUGGCCGGUUGUUACAGAUCCGCGGAGUCUUGAACUUGUAUUCAGAUAUCACAGAGACUCCAGACCAGUUUUGGUCACAGCCAGAGCUCGAAAGUUUAUAUGAACUGGUCAGUCGUAAACUCGAUGUGUCUGAACGCAUCGAAAUCCUGAAUAAAAAGCUCGACUACGUUGCAGAUAUGGUUUCGAUUUUACGCACCCAUCUGAGCGAAAAGAAUAGUGUGCGUCUCGAAUGGAUGAUUAUUAUUCUCAUUACAGUUGAGGUUGUAUUUGAAAUGCGCCAUCUGGUUCUCUGA